AUGUAUUUUGCAAUCAUAAGUAUGAUGAUGUGUCUUGGGUCUUCAGUGGUGAUUGCAUUCGUCCUGCAUCCGCUCAGUGAGGACCCUGCAACUUCAGCUAAAUCUCAGUUUUCCCAUCAAAGGUGCCAGGAUGAGUCAUUGCAGUCCAUCAGAAAGGGUCUGCUGAGGGCUCUCAACAUGCAGACUGAGCCACAGGUGCCGGCUGGUACAAUAGAUAGCGUCCGUGAGCAAUGGCUGAGAACAUUCACCACUAUCCCUCAAAGUGUCAGGAAGAUUGCAGCAGCUGCUGAUUACCCUGUUCCGCAGGACAGUGGAAACAGCACAGGAAUGAGAUGUUGCUCUGUAGCCUCAGAGAUCUUCAUGAAAGACCUGGGCUGGGACAGCUGGGUAAUCCAUCCUUUGAGCCUGAACAUUGUUCAGUGUGCUCUGUGCAACCCAGCAGAUGGCACCAUGCAAUGUCCCUCCUCCUCCUCCAGUGUCCAGGAUGCCAGCACACAGGGCCAUUUGCCAUGUUGCCAGCCCACCUUGCAAGAAAACCUUAAUCUGGUCUACAUGGAUGAAGCCGGCGCCAUUGUCAUCUCUCCGGUGAUGCUGACAAGAAGCUGUGGCUGCGGACCUGGGAACGCCCAGCAGCCCAGUGUAGAAUAG